AUGGCAAUGAGGAGAAAAACAAGUCUGAUUUGGAAUCAUUUCUCCCAAAAUGAUAUUAAGGAGGCGAAAUGCAAUUAUUGCUCGUCCAAAAUAAUGAUAUCGGCUGGUAAUACCGGUAACUUGACACGGCAUUUAAAAAGGAAGCAUCCUACAAUUUCAGUAUCGCCGAUAAUACGAGAGCCGGUAGCGAUGACAAGUGAAACUUCGCAACUUCCAAAUCCUACUGUUGAAACAUCACAAGAGAAUCAAGGCAUUUUAGUAUCUGCGCCAUUGCCCUCGUCUUCGAGUGGACAAAAUUUUAAUGACUGA